GUAGCUCAAAUACCAUCGCCUAUGAUAACUUCGGGUUGUAGCUGCCUCCACCGUCCUGGUGGGUAUUGAGAGAGGUUGGAGUUUGGUGAGAAAGUAAAAGUUAGGAAGACCAGCCAUCUCCAGUUUGGUCCCCAACCUCCUCGCCCUCUCUCUCCUCUCUCUGCCAACCUUACAACAUCCCAACACUCAGCACCUUCCUUGCUGUCUCUCUCUCUACAUUUUUAUACUUGGGCUCUCUCAAGGAGUCAGGAGACAGAUUCAUGAGCUGGAGCUGAGUAUAUAGAUGAAGAUUUAGAUGGACUGAUGUUCAUCUCCAUCUCCUCAUUUUAAGAAGCUGGGUUAGUGUUCUUCUGACAGAUCUUGGUUUGGUUAUAUGGUUCUUUAGUCCUUCUCCAGAUCUUUUGUAAAGCUUCUCUAAAUCUACAGCUGGUUUAGUCCCACAUCCUGUCAGAACAAGCCCAUGAGGCAAUAACAUAUUAGAAUAUAAGGUUUUUUUAGUCUCAUGUUAGUAAAGUAGCCUCCUCGACCAUUUCUUUGGUUGGUCUCCCUCUGUGUCAUCAUCCAAUAGCUUGCAACCUUGGAGUCUGCUUUUGUCGCACGGAGCUCGGAUUUGUUCGAUCCAGGUUACACCACUCUGGGUGUUUACAAUUUCUCCUACUUUGUUGCUCUAUGGAGCUUAUUAUAAAGCUCUAGUGGGCUUCUCGUGCAUCAGCAAACUCCAUAUUUGAUAGGAGGAUCAUUCCUUCCUGGAUCCACACCCAAAAGAAGAAGAGAAAAAAAAAAAACUUAUUUAUCUUUAAUUUGUUAUCACUUUUUUUUUGGCAAUUUUUCUAAUAUAUUCUCCUUUAAUCUUUAUGUGGAGAACCAAUCACCCUCUCUUGAAGAAUAUCUGAUGCUUUUCCUCCUUGUAUCUUUCCUCUCCUUUCUGUUCCUCAUCUCUAAGCCUCUCCCUCCAUGGGUGGAUGAGAUGAGGCUGCUGUCUGUGUCGUUUUGGCAAGAAUUUGUGUACCACUCACUGCACUGGUUGAAGAAUUGUCAGCUGACCAGCAGAAAAGUUUGCGGAUUUCCAUUCACAAUGUCUGCUAAGAAUUCUGUCCCUAGAGUGGAAGACGUGGAGGAGACUUCAGGGAUGACCAUCUUGGAUUUGCCUGAGUUAGCCUUGGAGUGCAUUCUGGGGAAGCUCUCUCCAGCCGGGUUGGCCAACAUGGCAUGCGUCUGUAGCUCAUUGAGGGAUAGGUGCAGGAGCGAUCACUUGUGGGAGAGGCAUAUGAGGGAGAAAUGGGGUUGGCUGAUAGGCCGAGCAGCUCGGAGAGAGUGGGAAUGGUAUGUAUCUUCAAGGAAGGUCUCUCUGGUUUCGGGUGGUGCCAUGGCAAGCUUGAAGCCAAAGGGAUGGAUGGGUUCUAUUUCAUAUGUCUGGCCUCUUUCUUGGCUCCAGUCCAAGCUCGACAAUGGCAAUAGGCCUUCGAGCCCUUUACCGAUGGAUUCGAUCAUGUCCUGGUAUCUGGUGCUUGAGAGUGGCAAAUUUUGGUUCCCUGCUCAGGUCUACAACCGCGAGAACGGACAUGUCGGCUUUUUGUUGUCGUGUUAUGAUGCUGAGCUUAGUUAUGAUCGCCACACAGACACCUUUUAUGCAAGGUAUCCACCUCAUGGGAGAAGGCCAGUAAAAAUAGAGGAAGGAAUAGAGUGGGACAGACUUAGAGCACCACCUGUUGAUACUCCUGCACAUGAUCUUCAUGUCUCUGAUUGUUUGAAUGACCUGUGCCCGGGCGAUCAUAUCGAGAUCCAGUGGAGGAGAAACAAAGAAUUCCCAUAUGGCUGGUGGUAUGGAGUUGUGGGUCAUUUGGAGUCCUGUGAUGGGAAUGAACAUCACUGCCGAUGUCAUAAAAGUGAUACCAUCAUAUUAGAAUUUAACCAAUACACGCAUGGCUCAAGAUGGAGGCGGGCAGCCAUAAGUCGAAAGGAUCACCAGGAAGAAGGGAAUGAAACAGAUGGAUUUUAUGGAGGAAUCAGGAAACUCCAUUGCAAGGAUGAGAUAGCUAUGUGGAGGCGGCUUUGGCCAAAUGAGAUUUUGGAAUAGGUUAUCAUUCAAGUUCACCAAGGAAUCAUGUAUGUCUUAUUUCUCGAACAUCACAAGGCAAGGCCUUCCUUUAACCAAAAACUGCUCGAUAAAUAGACCAGUAUGCUGAAACUAUUAGUUCCAUGCCAAUUAUUUAUGCAAGACAACUUGCAAUGAGAAAGUGAGUUGAGCAACCACACAUGGGCUUAGAACUUGAAUUUGCUAUGUGGAUGACAUCCUCUGUUCACUGCUAGUGAGGAUCAACUUCAGUUUUUUUGUGGCUUCAGGUCAAUUGUUUACUGCUGUAGUUUUAGGAUAAUACACAAUUUGAUGUAAUUAUUAUCCAGCUACUGUUCUUCGCUAUUGAUUCAGUAUCACUUGCAAACCAAUUCUAUAUUUUUAUCGUCCA